UCCCCUGCUGAUCCACAGGCUGGAAGUGGGGCCUGUUGUGGCUUUGACGAGUUCUUAGGAAAACACAUGUAAACACCUGUGGAGUUUAAAUGGCCUGUCAGAGCUUUUUCUGCGGCGGGGAGAGUUACUACAAAUGAGCUGUGGGGACGCGUCUCAGCGGGAAGUCCGCUCAGCUUCACAGCUUCCGAAUCGCCCUUUCUCACCUAAUGAGCGCACCCACAAGGCCACUGAUAAGACUGGAGACAAAAGGCUGUUUAAUGGAGUUGGGGGGUGGAUACGCUUGUGCAUAAGAGGCCAAACAGAUCCCACAUGGGUUGGCUAUCAGUGGCCUGAGUCUUGGUUAAAGGGAGAUAAACAGAAGAUUUUACGCACAGGACUUUUACGCACAGAACUCCACAUGGAGCGGCUGUGCAUUUAAUCACUUGGUGAUUAUUUACCGGUUUGAUGAGGCGGAUCAUUCAUGCCCGUUGCCCUGAGGACGCUCAACCGGUGUGUGUGUGACCCGAGGCCCGGUGUUUUCCUCCGCAGACGCUGGGUAGAAAAUGGAGUGUGUGCCUUUAAGGCGCUCGACUGCCUGUCGCUUUGUGCUGCGGAGAGACUGACGCCCUCUGGACACAGUGGACACUUGAGCGGCGGCAGAACACACCAUCCUGGAGAAGUUCAAAGAGAAAACAACCCCGGUCCCCCUUGGAAAAGAAAAGUCGUGAACUUGUUAACAGCGCCGUGUCGCUGGUCUCUGAGGGUCCUUCGCUUGUGUUGACGUAGGUGUUUCCAGUGUCGUGCUGGUGAGCCGUCAGGAUGAGGCCUGGUCAGCUGAUCCUCCCCACCGCCACUGCCGCCGCUCUCCUCUUCCUCCUAUCAGGACUGUCUCUGACCUCUGGCUGCAACAAAGCCUUGUGCGCCAGCGACGUCAGCAAGUGCCUCAUACAGGAGCUGUGCCAGUGUCGUCCGUCUGACGGGAACUGUUCCUGCUGUAAAGAGUGCAUGCUGUGUCUGGGGAACCUCUGGGAAGAGUGCUGCGACUGCGUGGGGAUGUGUAACCCCAAGAACUACAGCGACUCUCCGGCCACGUCGAAGAGCACCGUGGAGGAGCUCCACCGCCCGAUUCCCUCGCUGUUCCGCGCCCUCACGGAGGGCGACGCACCCAUCAACAUGAUGGUCGUGUCCUUCCCCGUUGCUGAGGAGCUCUCCCACCACGAGAACCUGGUGUCCUUCCUGGAGUCCCUCGACAACCAGCACCAGAACGUGUCCGUGCCCGGCAACAGCAUCCACGCCAGCUACGACACUCAAGAAAACAUGUGCACAGUGGUCUACUUUGACGACUGCGUGUCCAUCCGUCAGUGCAAACUUUACUGUGAGUCAAUGGGAGGAUCCAAGUACCGCUGGUUUCACAACGCCUGCUGCCAGUGCAUCGGCCCUGAGUGCGUGGACUACGGCAGCAAGGCUGUGAAGUGCAUGAACUGUCUCUUCUGAAGUGCGGGCACAUAUUGGUACCAAAUGUCUGGGCUACACCAGAGGACUGAGGGCAGAGGAAACUAUGACUGUUAUGUGUUAGCAUUCCUCGGUUACCUUGUAAAAUACCCCUUACCCCUCCUCCUCCUCCUACCCCUGCAAAUUGUUUUUAUUCUGCUGUUAUAUUUCACUGUAUAUUUUUAGAUAUGUUUUCAAUAGUGUUUUUUACUAGAGGUGUAUAUGAAUAAUGUAUUUUUACAAUUACAGUCUGCUAAAUCCCAGUCUCAUGCCAAAUAAAGAAAAGUUUGGUGACGUGGA